CCAUAUCUCCUACAGGGCCUUGUUGCCAGGCAACCACUUGUUUCCUUGGUCACAGUGAAUCUGUGAGACCCCCAAAAGAGGCUGUACAUUCUUGGAGGACUGUUCUUCAUAUCCUCUCUUGGAAGCAGGAUGAAAAUCUCUUCAUGAUAACAGCUUUAUGAAGGCCAAGAGAAGUCUUUGCAAGACAUGUCGGAAAGCUCUUCAGGCCGGAGCACACGGAGGAAGGAGACUUGCGGCUCUGACCCAUCGUGCGACUUCCGCCCCAUGGAAGCUCCCAGGUGGUCGGCUCUGUGGAGUCCAGCGUCCCAUACACGUUCAGACUCCGGAAUAUCAUCCUUGCUCCCAUCAGAUUCUUGUAAGUACCUUACUUGGAGUAAGGUUGGAGAGCAUGACGUUCAAGGAAGCCAACUGCGUUGCCCACGAGUGAGGGAAGGACCUCCUGAAGAAGACUUCAUUUUCAAACAGGUGGGCUGUGCCUCCACUCCAAGGCAAAGAGUCCUUGAAAGCAACAGGUGGGAGACCUGGUUACAGGAGAAUUGGGAGGACUGCACGAAUUUGAACAUUUCAUUUCAGGAUUUGGGGGACCUUUACCAGGUUCAAAAUUUUAACAGGAUUCUUAGAAGACUAAUUAGAGUGGAAAUCCUCUGGUUAGUGGAUAAUUCGCUGGUGGACUUAAGUGCCAUUCGAUUGCCAAGAAGACAAACACCACAAUGUUUACAUUCUGUGUCCAGCUGCAGGAUUCUAAAUCUGAACAAAAAUCACCUCACAACUUUCAAACAGUUGCCAAAGAUACCUCAAAUACAACAUUUGUCCUUGGCUGAAAACCACAUUGAGUCUCUGACUGGACUCUCAAGCUUGCGGCAGGCUCCAUUAGAAGCACUCACGCUCAAGAGGAACCCAUGCGAGUUUAACCAAAGUUACAGAAGACGUGUGUUUUCCUGCUUGCCAAACUUAAAAAUACUGGAUGGAAUCCUGAAGCUACCAGAAGAUCACUCACCACCAGAAUCAAAUAUUUUUUCAAAAAUGUGUGUUAUAUCCUAAUAUAAUUUGUGUAGAAAAAGCAAUCACCAUUGUUGCUUUAA